UGUCUCCUUACUACAGUCCAGAGUAGAGAGAGGGUGAGGGUCCCAUACUCCACUACUGGUACACUGAGUAGUGUACACAUCAGUGGGACCAUCUCUACACUGAUAGGUAGCAGUACUGCCCACUGCAGUGGAGCUCAUGUUGAAUAUCAUGGUAUCCGUAGAAUUCAGUGUUGGACAGUCAACUAUAAAGUGCAAAUAAGGACAACACUAUUCGAACUAAAACUUACUUGGCAGAGUUAUCUUAAUAUCGACAGUGGAGAUCAUAGUAGCGGUGGAGCGAGGGAGAGUAGCUACACAGGUGUAUAUCCCAGUCAUAUUCCUGGUGGUAGUCACUAUAUCAAGUUCCCCACUCUCACUGACCAUCUUCCCAUCAGGAGAGAUCCAUUGUAAAGUUGGUUGAGGAUCUGAGUUUGACCCAUCACACAAUAGAUGUAGUGGACGUCCUUCAGUAACCGCUGUUUCCCCCAUAAUGGAUGGGGGGUUGAAAA